AUCAACAUGUUUUAUACAAACAAUACACAAUUCCACCCCUCCUCUUUUUUUCUGAUGGGAAUCCCAGGCCUGGAACAUGUCCACAUCUGGAUUGGAUUUCCUUUCUUCACUGUGUAUCUAAUAGCCCUCCUUGGGAAUAUCACUGUCUUGUUCGUUAUCUAUACUGAACGUAGCCUCCAUCAACCCAUGUUUUACUUCUUGGCCAUGUUGGCCUGUACUGAUCUGGGCUUGUCCACAGCCACCAUCCCCAAGAUGCUGGGCAUUUUCUGGUUCAGUCUCAAAGAGAUUGUGUUUGCUGCCUGCAUCACACAGAUGUACACCAUCCAUAUAUGCACUGGCCUGGAGUCUGUGGUGCUGACAGUCAUGGCCAUAGAUCGCUAUAUUGCCAUUUGCAACCCUCUGAGGUACAGCAUGAUCCUCACCAAUAAGGUGAUAGCCAUUCUGGGCAUAGUCAUCAUUGUGAGAACGUUAGUGUUUGUGACUCCAUUCAUAUUUCUCAUCCUGAGAUUGCCUUUCUGUGGUGUCCGGAUUAUUCCCCAUACGUAUUGUGAACACAUGGGCUUGGCAAAGUUAGCUUGUGCCAGUAUUAAGGUCAAUGUUAUCUACGGCUUGAUUGCUUUUUCAGUCGGAUACAUCGAUCUUUCUGUGAUUGGAUUUUCCUAUGUCCGUAUCCUCCGAGCUGUUUUCCACUUGCCAUCCUGGGAUGCCCGACUCAAGGCACUGAGCACGUGUGGCUCCCAUGUCUGUGUCAUGCUGGCCUUCUACCUGCCAGCCCUUUUUUCCUUCAUGACGCACCGCUUUGGUCACAACAUCCCUCAUUACAUCCACAUACUGUUGGCCAAUCUGUAUGUGGUUGUCCCCCCUGCCCUUAACCCUGUAAUCUAUGGGGUCAGGACUAAACAGAUAAGAGAACGAGUACUGAGGAUGCUUAACCCUAAAAGCUAUUGA